AUGACCAACAUUCCUACCACGCAACACUCAAGCAUGACGAAAUCUCCCACCCACGAGACGUCAGGCUACGAGCUGGAAUCCGUCGAGCCCCUCAACGAAAGCGCUGCCUCAAUUGCCGGCGCCAGUGACCGUCGCAGCGCUGGCGGUGCAUGGAGGUCCCGCGCUUCAGACCCAGAAUCCCGGGGCCCAUCAAGUCAGCCACGUUCAACCUUCUGCACGCGGAAGAUUGCCAUCGGCUGCGUGGGCUUCGCGGCCCUUGUCUCAUCUCUGAUCGCGGCAGGUGCUGUCAUCUCAACCAGGUUGCAGGCCAACAAUUCGAUUGUGUCCGCGUCCUCAGCUACUUCGGCGACUUACGCGGACGGCAGUCCCAUGGCCACCCCAACGCUGAACUCGAUCACCCCAACAGUGACCAGAGGAUCAGAGUGGCGGCGCUCGAUGAGCCCCCCUACAGUGUCAUUGCCCACCAGGUCCCGCGCCGGAGACAGGUCCAGUGACGGUCUGGGGAAAGAAUUGGCCGAGCUGGCCGCAGCGGGCAAUGUGGCCGAAGAAAACGUUCUAACUUCAUCUGCGAAUGCAGAGUCAAAGUUGCGCUUCCGUCUCUGCGCCAUGGCCUGGCAAGUCAUCCGCCAGCUCUGUGCGGCUGCAGCUGACCGGCUUGCCCGGUCUCCUCUAUGA